GAGUCAGGUGGGGAGGUUAGGGACAGUUGGGAGAAAGAGCUGUUUUGUGGUGAGCUAACUGGGCUGAGGUACCUGACCUAGAGUGGAGAGCUAUGCGUGAGGAGUGUGCUGAGGCGGCCAUUUGAGGAGACUGAGCUGCGUUGUGUUUGAGAGCAGACCGGAGGGAAGCAGAGCUGCGCCACUGAGCUUACCUGGGUCCUGGCAGUCUGUGUUGGCGUUGUGAGGAGAAAAUCCGGGCGGUGUGAAGCCUGGUUAAUGGAGGACAGUGGCAGUGUGGAGGAUACAGCACUAGCACCUGGAGAGGAUGAACCGGUUGUUUUUUUCACUGGGACCCAUGUUCCUCCUCCUUGGGCUUUUGGUACCAAACAUUGAAGGAAAUAAAAAGGUUCGUGGAUCUCAAGGAGCCAUUCCACCUCCUGACAAAGGGCAGCCCAAUGACUCUGAACAAGGUCAGGUACAGCCAGGGGGUAAGGGUCGAGGGAAAGGGAAAGGACACGUUCUGGUGGCCGAGGAGGUUCUGGAGUCCAGCCAAGAAGCUCUAAUUGUUACUGAGCGGCAGUACCUAAAAAGGGAUUGGUGUAAGACACAGCCAUUGAAGCAAACCAUCCAUGAGGAGGGAUGUAUCAAACGUACAAUCGUGAACCGGUUCUGUUAUGGGCAGUGUAAUUCCUUCUACAUUCCUCGACACAUCCGCCGUGAAGAGGGAUCUUUCCAAUCCUGCUCUUUCUGUAAGCCCAAAAAAUUUACCAGCAUGGUAGUCACACUCAACUGCCCUGAGCUACAGCCACCCAUAAAAAAGAAAAGAAUCACACGUGUCAAGCAGUGUCGUUGCAUCUCUAUAGACUUGGACUAAUAUUGAACUCAAGUUUUAAAGCAGGGGACAAACCAAUAACCUGAUAGACCCAUUUUGAUGGACUGCGCCCAUGCAGAGGGUAUUGUCAUGUUACCAAACUACUACUCUCCUCUUCUACACUAAAUAACCUUCGUCCCAAUAUAAAUUCUGCUACGGAUCCAGACAAGUGUCGUUCUUUUAAAGAUGAUAAACUGAAUGCUCCAGAAAAGCACAAAGUGCACUCUUACUUGGAGUAUAAAAUGCCCCUGUUGCAAGUAUCCACGUAUACAUUGUGUAUAUAUAUAUAUUUUAUUUAUUCACACUUACAUGUUUCUGACACACAUAACCGGGCCAAUGAGAGAGAAGUAUCUGUCUAUGCAAACGUUAGAACCUGACUGACCUCUACGGGUGGUGAAGUGAAUAAGUCUCGCGCCUGACCACAACACAAAAGGCAAAUGGUGGGGAAACCACUGACCUUUGACGACUUACACCACUUAUUGAAGUGUAAUAAAGUUAGUUAUAACUGGUUGAGGGUUAAAGAGACCAGAAAUAUAGAUCAAAGUCUGCUGUAUUUUUCUUUCCCAUCUGUGUAGAGGUGAAUAGUUUCAUACAUCACAUUAUAAUAAAAUCUGUAGUAUGUACAUA